GCGCUCCCAAAAGGCUUGCUUUGCAAAAAGCGCGGCGCGAUGGGCAGCCGCGGCUUUUGGCGCGCUUCGCGGUUGCUGCUGCUCGUCGGCGCGCUCGCUUGGUCAGCUCCGCCGGCCGCCGCUGCUUACUACGAGGCGGACGAAAGCGAAGACCUGAUGCUCUCCUUCGCUUUCGAGGAGGAGGAGAACUUGGCCGAAUUCGCCAGGCACCGAAGCUCCCCCGCAGCUUUCUACCGGAGCAAUAAGGAGUCAUGGCGCUUAUCUGGACAUUAUAUUGUGGUGCUCAAGGAGGAAACCCUUAAAUCCCAAGCCCUACAAACUGCCAAGCGUUUGCAAGCCAGAGCAGCCAAGCAUGGCUACAUGACCAAAAUUCUGCAUAUCUUUGAUGAACUAAUCCAAGGCUUUGUUGUCAAGAUGAGCAGCGAUGUGCUGCAUAUGGCUUUGAAACUCCCACAUGUGGAUUACAUAGAAGAAGACUCUUACGUGUUUGCUCAAAGCAUUCCUUGGAAUCUUGGCCGGAUUGUCCCAGAACAGGACAUGCUGAAUGAGUAUAAUCCCCCCAAUGCUGGUGAACUGGUUGAGGUUUAUCUGCUGGAUACUGGUGUCCAGAGCACCCAUCGGGAAAUAGAAGGCAAAAUAUUUGUGACUGAGUUUGAGAAUGUCCCUGAAGAAGAUGGCACUCGCUUUCACCGCCAGGCCAGUAAGUGUGACAGCCAUGGGACCCACAUGGCAGGUGUGGUGAACGGAAGGGAUGCUGGAGUUGCCAAAGGGGCCAAUGUCCGCAGUCUGCGGGUGCUCAACUGCCAAGGAAAAGGCACCGUAAGCGGCACACUGAUUGGGCUGGAAUUCAUUGCAAAGACCCUGGCUGUCCAGCCCUACAGUCCCCUGGUUGUUUUGCUCCCCUUGGCUGGCACCUAUAGUCGCAUCCUGAAUGCCGCUUGUCGUCAGAUGGUGCAGAAGGGGGUAGUCAUGAUAGCUGCAGCAGGCAACUACAAAGAUGAUGCUUGUCUGUACUCCCCAGCAUCAGAGCCAGAGGUUAUUACAGUGGGAGCAACCAAUGCCCAAGACCAGCCUGUAUCUAUGGGGACUUUGGGAACCAACUUUGGACGUUGUGUAGAUGUGUUUGCUCCUGGAGAUGAUAUCAUUAGUGCCUCUAGUGACUGCAGCACCUGCUUCACAUCGCAGAGUGGGACAUCCCAAGCAGCUGCCCAUGUCGCAGGUAUUGCAGCCAUGAUAUUGAAUGCCAACCCUGCCCUAUCCAUCUCCGAGCUGAGGCAGAAACUGAUCCACUUUUCUGUCAAAAACCUUAUGAACGAGGCUUGGUUUCCGGAAGAUCAGAGGCUGUUAACACCAAACAGAGUGGCUGGGCUUCCCUCCAAAAUUGUAGCAGAGGAACAACUAUACUGUCGCUCUGUGUGGUCUUCCUUGUCUGACUCAACCAGUGCAGCAACAGCUGUUGCCCGAUGCAACAGCGAUGAAGACAUGUUCAGCUGCUCAAGUUUAUCAAAGAAUGGCAAGCGGCGAGGAGAGCACAUUGAGGAUAUUGAAGGCAAGAAGGUGUGUGUAGCUCACAACAGAUUUCGAGGCCAAGGUGUCUAUGCCAUAGCCAGAUGUUGCAUUUGGCCCAAGGCUGACUGCCAGGUUAAUAGCCAUUCACAGAUCACAGAGGGCACAGCUAUGAAAAGUGUUAGCUGCAUCGAAGAUAGCUAUGUUUUGACAGGCUGCAGCACCCAUUCUCUGGCUGGAGAUCUCAGUGGCGGCAUCAAAACUGUACACCAGGCGGAUAGUAGCCGGGCCCACUGUGUAGGCCAAGGAGAAGCAACGGUCCAUGCUUCCUGCUGCCAUGCACCCAGCCUUGAGUGCAGAGUUCAGGGACAUCCUCCCCUGGAAUACUCAACAAAGGUGAUGGAGACCUGUGAUGAUGGCUGGACUCUAACUGGAUGUAAUGCCCAGUCACAUAGCUCCAACACUCUUGGGGCCUAUUCUAUGGAUAACACCUGUGUUGUAAUCAACCAUCCAGGAAGCAAAGGAGCAACCGCAGUUGCCAUCUGCUGCAGAAAGAGGCUCUUAGAGGAUGAGAGGCAAAGUUCCCGUAACAAGUGACAAUUCUACCUUCCCACCCCCCUCCAACUAUCCAAAGGAGCCACGAAUUUUGACAAUUGCCAUAUAGGGUCACACUGGCAAACACAGUAGUCCCUCGAGCAGGGCUCCAAUACAACUUGGGAUUACUUGUGAUAGCCUUAGCACAGCUAUUUCAGAUGCUGCAAUUGUGCAAAACAUUGUCCCUCUAGCAACAUUCCCAUCGUUGUUAUCAAGAGAUGGGUGUCUUUGAUGUCUUGGUAAUAUCAGUUAAGCUGCAUUUGUAAAAUAUAUUUUAUCUGUUAACUGCAUAUGUGAUUUUUCAACAACUUUUUAGUUGCAAUCAGUGACUUCCAGGCUUUUUAGAGUAUCUAUUUUGUUAACCAUCCAUUAGUUCAAUGCAUUAUGCUUAUCGUUGUGUAGGCGGCUAGGGAGCAGAGGGAGGAGCAGGCAGAAGGAUGAAGAAGGUAACAGUUUCUGUGUAAUUAUUUAGCUUGGUCUCAACUUUUCAUUGGUUGAACUAUAACCAGAAACUUCUAUGUAUAUACGAGUGAUGCUUAAAACUGUAAAAGGUGAAAGUACUAAUACUAUAAAUUUACCCAGGAUAGCAGAUUAAUUGCAGAACAUACCAAUUAACAUUAUUUCCUCCUUUUAAAAAUAUUUUUAUACAGUAAGGUUUUUUUGCAGCAAACAGGCAAACCAUGGGCUGUAUUAACCCUUCCUUCUAAAGGCCCCAUGCAAUUAAUAGUACUCCUUUGUAGUUAAACUGUUACAUAAUAAUUUAACUGUUUUAAUACUUUAAAAGGAAACAGCAUACCUGGGAGAUAUUGUGGGUUCGGUUCCAGAUCAGCAAAUAUUGCAAUAAAGUGAGUCACACAAUUUUUUGGGAAGGGGCGGGGGGGAGGUUUCUGAUUGCAUAUGAAAGUUAUGUUUGAGCUCUAUGUGUAAAAUAUACCAUGUCUAAAAACAAUGUACAUACCUUAAUUAAGGUUCUUUAUUACUAAUGAGCAAAUGCUGUUGGAAAAAUGGUGCCAAUAGAUUUGUUUGAUGCAGGGUUGCCAUAAGCCUUCAAUUUACUAAAAAAAUGCAGUAUACGUAAAAUUGAAUAAAGCAAAACACAAUAAAAUAAGGCCUGCCAGUAUUCAAAUACAAUUUGAUAAGAGUUGGGUAGUGUUUCUCUUGCUUCUGUUCACUUCUUGAGAUUCAAUGGCUGUUGUAGCUCUCAACCUGAAACAGUGCUGGUCAUCUAGGAUUUAGAUCAGGGGUGUAAAGCUCGUGGCCCACGGCCUGGAUGCAUCAUACUGGCCACGCCCUCCCCGUUUAGUGAAGGGGGAAAAAGUUGCAAUAUGUAAUGUGAUGUGUGGUUGCGAGUUUGACACCCCUGAUCUAGAUUGUACUGUACUGAUCUAGAUUGUACAUUGCUGUUUUCUGUCCUCAUUUUCCUGUGCCAUUAUACAAAACUGCUUAACAAUGGGGUUGUAGCUGGUCUGAAACAGGAUUUUAUCCUAUUGUAUCCUUAUACUUAUUUUUGAGAAGCAGAAGUUUCUCCUCUUUUAUUUCACACAGGAAACAUUUACCUCAAUUGUAUUACUUAACACAUUAAAAUUAUUGUAAAUGAACUGAGUUAGCUUCUGUAGCCAUAAAUGGAGGAAGCUCUGCAAAAAUGAGAGUAGUUUUCUCUAAGGAGAUUGGACCAAGAUAGAAAACUACUAGUCUCCUUGAAGCAUAACUCUCAGCUUCAUCCUCUUUAUGAUGAGGAUUAUUAUUCUAAAAAAUACUGGGAACUGUAGCUGAAAAAAAAUUAUUGGGCUCCAGGAAGACUACUGGAUCGAUGCAGAAUAGUUUUAUGCAAGCAAACUUGGAGCUUUUAAAAGCAGUGAAGACUUAGGACUCCUGCAUGAGUGGCCUUAAGGCAACCAUGAAACCAAGUAAAUGCUGGGUAACUUACACCAAAUAGUGUAGUUUCCUAACAAAGUAUUUGGUAGCAACUAUUUAAAUUAGUUUUUCAAAUUAAGCUAUUACUAUCAUGUAAAACUCUUUCCCUCUUACCAAAUGUUUAAUUGCCUAUAUAAUUGAGUCUUUAACCACAUGUAUGUUCAAUUACUGGAUAAAAAUAUUUUUAACUAAGGGACCAUAUACGUUUCCUUAAAUGUAAGUUUAGUUCAGAGUAAAUGUGUAUUGGAGCCUGUUGCAUUUCUGCUUUAGAAAGAUCAAAAGGAACACCAAAUCAUGAAUAGAGUAAACCGCCUGUGUUGUUUUGGAGUUAAUACUCAAAUGUAUUAUCUACUGUAAUUGCUUGAAAAGAUUUCUUUGUGCUGUGGAUUUUACUUUUUUAUCUGGGAUCUAUUUAUUCUGUUUUAUAUAACAUUUUAUAAAGCAAUUUCUUUUUGAAAUAAAGUUUCUUACAAUUUUAAUGUGGCUCCAUUUAUGAAGCUGUACUUAAACCCCUCCUCUGCAUUUUUCUACAAUUAUAUUUAAGGAAACGGGAAAGGAAAAAAAUCUAAUUUUUAUCAUGUCUUGAUUUUUUUCAAGACAUUCAAACUUAUACGCAAUACUCAUUAUAACAUGUGUGGCAGAACAAAAUACUUUAGGAGGUAUAUAAAUUACCAGAUUAUAUAGAAGAUAGGUAUGAAAAAUAUCCUUAAAUACCCUCACACUUUUCAAUAUAAAAUAGCAUACUGAUAUUGUUCUGGUGGCGCAAUGGUUAGAAGGCUAAUGGUUAGAAGGCUAAUUGCAGGCUAAUUCUGCCAAUAAGCAGGAGUUCAAUUCUGAUGGGCUCAAGGUUGAUUCAGCCUUCCAUCUUUUUUCCAUCCUCACAGCUCAGAAGGUGCUGUAAAACACUGACGCCUAUGUGGAAUUUGCAGCAGAUAUUUUCUCUGUGCGCCCAGAGAGGGGGAAAUCUGCUGCUACCUAGGAUCAAAAUCACAGCCUUCUGAUUGUGAGGUGAGACCUCCACCUCGAGGCUACCACACUACUGUUUUUUAACUUAAUAAUCAGGCAUCUUUUUCUUUUUUGUGUGUGAGAGGGAUUUUAUUCCAUUGACCAGGAUUUUUUUCCCCCUCAGGGAAACUGCCUCUCCCUUCUAUUUUUCACUGCCUUGAGAACUAAUUAAACACAAUUGUACACAAUGAGAAGACGCAACAGAAUUGUAAUUGUCCCAAUCCUAGAGAACAUUAUGUAUAAAAAUGCAUUUUUCAUCCAAAAGGACUAUCAAUAAAAGAGAUUGCAACAUAAAAUGUGUGACAAUUUGCACGGCAAAUUAGUUUCUUUUUUGAAAAAAGUCUUCAGCCGAUUGAAGUGAUAACAGCUGUAAGCCAAAUAAUUGACCAAAUAUUAUAUUUGAAACCAUAGCCAUGAACUUUCUUACAAGCUGGGAGUGAAGCAGAAAACAGUUUGCCCUGGUUUUAGAAAGUAUUAGUGGUGAAACACACCAUCUUGUGAUUCUGAAAAAAAUGCCCUGCUUCAACUUGGGAUGAGACCCCCUUUUCCAUAGGAAACGAUGCAAAUUUAAAUGAUUUUGGACCGAUGCUUUCCUCUUUAGAUCAGCUCUCUAACUUACUUUCAUUUAAAUUAAACGGAAGAUAGGGUGACACAGUCAGGAUGGGAUAGGAACAACAUUUAUUCUAAAUUUUAAAACAUUGUAUUAAAAUGUUUGAAGGCUUAAUAAAAUAUCUGAGUUCUGCUAACUUCACUGGAAGUACUAUACCUUCAGAGAAGACAUUCAGCUGAAGCGUCAUUUUUAACAGUACUUCUCUGACUCACCCGUAUGGCAGAGAAUUUCAACUGGAGGAGGUGCGGCUGUUUCCAGCAACAGUGAAAUGACCUGCUAUAUUCACAACUAGUGCACUACAGUGAAGUAAUUUAUGUGCCAGUUCCGUUUUUGUAACAGUAAUAAAAGAAGGAGAAAAAAAGAGGCACUUUUUGGCUGCUUGUGCCUUUGACUUGGCAAAUUGUCCAGGCACUCUGAGCAUUUCCCCCCAGUUCAUGUGCAUGGUAUAUUUUGUAUAAAUUAAGGCAAAAAUCCUUGAACAAAAGGAAAAGCAAAUGAAGAAAAAGAUGGAAAAAAAACCCCUGGGAUUCAACAUUGGUGUGGAAAAAAGUGUUGAGAGUAGUUUAAGAGAUUAUUGAACUGCAUUUCACGUGGUGAACAAAAGCAUACCCAUAUUAAGUUCAAUUUGUUUCCAGUUAUGAAAGAAUUGCACUUGUAUUCCAAGUGCUGUCUAGCUAAGCAAAAUAGCUUGCAAUCUUUUGCCUGUGUUAAUUUUUU